AUGGUGGAAAUUUGGGACGAUCUUCGACGUCGUGCUCGCACACUUGAGAAUCAUAUCGAUGCAAAAUUAGUAGUUUUAAACAAAUUGGCCUCUGGUACGUCAGGUCGAUGUGAAGCACUAUUGAGUGACAAGACAACUGUAAGCGGUAAGCAGGAGGUAUUCGAUUCAUUGUCAGCAGAAAUAGAAAGCAUGAUUGCCAAGCUUACACAGGUUGACGAUCAGAUGACAGAAUAUAUAGCGAAGUGUCAGGAAAAUUCAAGGACUGGUACAUGGGCAUCUGGUCCAGCAUUACAGCACACACUUAAAAGGCAUCGCGAAAUACUGCGUGAUUACUGUACAGAAUAUAACAGAUCACAUGAUAAUAUAAGAAAUCAAUUACAAAGAGAAAGCCUGUUAAGUGGGAGUUCGAAUGAUAACCCAUAUCUCAAUAAUCGUUCAAAAGCAAGCGAUAUGUAUUUAAAAGAAAAUGAACACAUAUCAAGCUGCGAUCGUCUUUUAGAUGAACAAAUUAGCAUCGCAAUAUCAGCAAAAGAACAUGUCCAUAAUCAGCGGGUGAGCCUACGAGACAUUAGUAAAAAAAUGAAUGCAUUAACUAAGAAAUAUCCAUUGCUGAAUAGCUUGAUGCAGAAAAUGCAGGCGAGAAAGCGACGAGAUUCGAUCAUAAUGGCAACGAUGAUAUCAACUUGCCUGAUUUUAAUGUAUAUAUAUAUAGUGCGCAUGUAA